GAAGGCCUGGCGGAUGCUCUUGUCAUCCCAGUUGGUGGCAGGGAAGUCCUGAUUGUCAUAGUAGGACGGGGGUCCCUCCUCGUGAUAGUUCCCGUGCUGAGGUGCUGAGGAGCAGGAUGGUCUGGGCCUUCUGCCUGUGGAGCAGACACAGAAGUCCUGGCUGAAGGCCUGGGCUGGAGCCACCCGGGGGGCUUGGCAAGUGGUUGUGAUGGCAGAGGCGGAGGCAGAGGCGGAGGAGGAAGUUGGGGCGGCAGUGGAGCUCAGCGGGCUGCCCCCUGACAUCUCCCAUGAGCUGCUCACGCUCUACUUUGAGAACCGCCGACGCUCUGGGGGGGGACCUGUGUUGAGCUGGCAGAGGCUUGGCCGUGGGGGCGUACUCACCUUUCGAGAGCCUGCAGAUGCAGUGAGGGUCUUGGCCCAGGAGGAGCACGUGCUCCAUGGUACUCGGCUGAGUCUGCGGCCAGCCCCGCCAUGUGCCCCUGCACGCCUCUUGCUCCAAGGACUGCCCCCUGGCACUGCACCCCAGCGCCUAGAGAAGCACAUCCAGGCCCUGCUGCAUGCCAUGGGGCACCUGGAACAGUCCUGCCACGUCCUGGCCAGUCCCCGGCCAGACCGGGCCCUGAUUCAGCUGCCCAAGCCCCUCUCUGAGGCAGAAUUCUGUGUCCUGGAGGAGCAGGCCCGGGCCCUGAGCCUGGAGGGGGCUGAGGUAUCCCUGGCCCGGGUGCCGCAGGCCCGAGCGGUGCGUGUGGUGGGGGACGCCUCCCCUGCAGACCUGCUGCUGCUGGAGCUGUACCUGGAGAACGAGCGCCGCAGUGGUGGGGGGCCCCUGGUGGGCCUGCGCAGCUUGCCUGGGCACUUGGGCACUGUGGUCUCCUUCCAGCACUGGCAGGUGGCUGAACGGGUGCUGCAGCGGGACCACUGGCUGCAGGGCUCAGAGCUGAGCCUCGUCCCCCACUAUGACUUCCUGGAACCUGAGGAGAUUGCCGAGGACACCAGUGGAGGGGACCACCUGGCUGAGUUGGGGUCUGGGGCUAGCGAGCAUGCUCUCUCAGAGGCUGGAGGGCCAGAGAGAGCACUGAAGGGUGCAGGGACGGUGACACUGGGCUCUGAGGAGGCACCAGGGCAAUCAGGAGCCUCUCCGAGGACAGGUCCCAUAAGGUCUCUGGGGCAGGCCAGGCCAGUCAGCUCGAGGCCCCAGGGGUCUUCAGAACAUGAAAGGCCCAUGAGCCUGGGGACUGUGGGGUCUCCAGAGCAGGCAGAACUAGUAAGCCUGGGGCCUAUGGGGUCCCCAGGCCCAACAGGCCAAGUGGGCCUAGUGGAGAUUGCCAUGGGGUCUCCAGAGCAGGUGGCGUCAGUGAGACUGGGGCCUGUAGGAUCACCGAGGCAGGAGGACCUGGUGGAGAUGGUACUGUCAAUGGAGCCAGGAGCAAUGCGUUUCAUACAAGUCUAUCAUGAGGACCUUCUUUCUGGACUGGGAGAUGUUGCCGUCUUCCCACUUGAAGGAUCAGAUGUAACUGGCUUUCGGCUCUGUGGAGCCCUGGCCCCGUGCCAGGCGGCCAAGGAGUUCCUGCAAAGUCUGCUGGGCAGCAUUAGCUGUCACGUGCUGAGCCUGAAGCAUCCGGGCAGCGCCAGGUUCCUGCUGGGCCCAGAGGGGCAGCACCUUCUUCAGGAGCUGGAGGCUCAGUUCCAGUGUGUCUUUGGGACAGAGCGUCUGGUCGGGGCCACCCUGGACACAGACCCUGGAGAGGUGGACGCCGCUGAGGCCCUCCAGGCCCUCCCUGGCCACUCCCACACCCUGUGGCCCCCAGACAGUACAGGCAGUAACCAGGAGAACGUGAACCUGGAGGAGGUCCGAGAGCUGCUGGCCACCAUCGGGGAGGACUGGCUGCCCCUGGAGCCGAGGGAAGAGCAGCCAGAGGAGGAGGAGACUCCAGGGUGCUUGGAGGAGGAGCCUGCACCCGGGGCUAGAGAGGAUCCCGUGGCCACCAGCACUGGGGCCCCAGGGAGGUUGGAGGAGGAGGCCGCACUGCAGCUGGCUCUCCACCGGUCACUGGAGCUGCAAGGCCAGGUGGCUGAGCAGGAGGAGGCUGCUGCGCUGCAGCGAGCCCUGGCCCUCUCCCUGCUGGAGCCACCUCCAUUGGAGGCAGCAGAGCUCCUGGGUGGGGGGACUGGUGGCCAGGCCCAGCUGGUGGUGCAUGUGGCCUUUGAGCAGGACAUGGACGAGCUGGACCAAGCACUAGGGGCCGCCUUGGAGGUGCACCUCUGGGAGGAGACUGUGGGGUCCCAGGGCUACAUGCUGCCCACAGAGCUGUGUGCCCGCCUGGAACAGUGCCACGGUGUGAGUGUUUCCUUUCAAGGUGACUGCACUGUCCUCCGUGGCUUUGGGGUCCAGCCCACCCGUGCAGCCCGCCACUUAGCAGCACUGCUGGCUGGCCCCCCGGAUCAGAGUUUGGCCCUUUUCUCGGCGGCUUCAGACCCCACCCUGCCACAGCAGAGGCUGAAGGUGCCCUUGGGCAGGCUGGAGUGUCUGGCUGACAGCAGCAAGGAGUUCCAGGAGGUGGUUCAGGCCUUCUAUGACACGCUGGAUGCUGACCACAGCAGGAUCCGCAUUGUCCGGGUGAGUCCAUGAUCUGUCUUGCAAGCCUCAUGGCCUCCUGGGCCCAUGCACCAUUUUCACCCUGCAGAGCCUGUGGCUUGUCACUCUUGCCUACGUCAGAGUCAGGUGGCCAGGAGCUGCCCAGUGU